CGCGCCUGAGGAUACCACCAUGCCGCAUCAUGAGCAAGGACGGUUGUACCGUUUUCGCGACCACGCCGUCGCCGGCGUCAACUGGCGACCGACACGGUUCGUCGGCGAGGUGCCAAAUUCACGUGUAUGCGGCCUCUGCCGCAUGAUCCCGAAACGGAUGCUGCUGUUGCCAUGCGGACACGGUCUGUGCCACUCUUGCCAUGCCGCCAUUUCUCAAGCUGUUCAUCCACGGUGUCCAUUAGAUCAAGAGCCAUUCAAGCAAGUAGAAUGCCAUAGUAUCGACUUUGCAGCCAGGAAUAGGAGCUUGAAGGUGUACUGCUGGAACGAAGAGCACGGCUGCGAGCACAUGGGCACCUUGGACCGCAUGCUGGAGCACUACGAGAAGGAAUGCACGUUUCACACCAUGGAGUGUUUGCGUUGCGGCGAGGAAGUCCAGCACAGGGACCUGCCAACCCACUACGCGGCCGGAUGCACUGCCCGUGCUUCUUCCGCGAUCAGAGCAUGCCGGUGCUCUGAACCCGCAGCAAUGGCCUUAGCAGACGACAUUGCUGCUCUACAAGACCUGAAUGAGGCCUUGGGACGUCUCAGCGACCAGCUGCUGCCAGUGAUGCAGAGUCAGUUGAACGAGCUGGCAGUAGAAGUGGGAAACCAGGAAGCCCGGCUUGCUGUGAUCACUCGCAAGCUCGUAGCAUGCGAGCAGAAUUUAAAGGGCGAGAUUGCUGCAAUCGCCGCCAAGAUUUCAUCGACCAGGUCACAUCAACUGACAUCUCAGCAAAAUCCGGCGGAGGAAGCCAGGACGUCGUCGCCGCGGUCCUUGCGCUCGGGAGUGGCGAUGGCACUUGGGAAGUUGCAAUACUUCGCUAAAGUGUUAAUCGUAUCAUUCAUCAUCACCAAAGCCAUAACCUUGGUAAUUUAUACGCACGAAUAGAAAUCUUUAUUGAAACUCAGCUCACCGCUUCGAAAUACUGCUAGUUCCGAGCCCAUGUUCUGGAACACUCGCAGCAAAUUUCUCCGCAGCCUGAAUCCUGCCGUAGAGCAUCCGGGAGUUGACAUUCGGCAUUUAAGCAUUGCGCUGUCAACGACACACGCCCGGACUAGAGCAAUUGGGAUAUUUUAUGUUCUGACUCUGGAAACUCUACCGAAAUCAUUCACUGACAGAGGGGGAGGAGAAAAUUUGUUCAGAUUACGGCGUUGCACGCGAGUGACACGUACUUUUCGUUUGCCGUCUGGAUUAACUACUAUAAUAGUGAUCUUGCUGUGCAGAUCUAGUUUUAUGGGAUGCGGGUGCACUCUAGGCGUUUGCCGCCUAUUUGGAGGGUGGAUGCGUGGGAUACAGUACGAAAAAAAGUUGAUUUGUUCACUUCUUUCGCAAGCUUCGUAACUGCAAGUACGAUGAAGACUCACUGGUGCACUUUCGCGUCGCAUUCAGUACGGAAUUGUGUUCACUGGAACAUGAUGGUUUCCUCCUACACUGAUAGAUCGGAUUCGCGAUCUAUCUCGACUAUCAAGAAAUGAACGGCGGUGUGAGAGCUGCAGCUAAUCCUCGUCAACACAAUGUGCAUUGCACUUCCUAAUGUUCCUUGCCAUUUCCCCUAUGUGUGACAUAAACUUAAUGAAAGUAUUUUUUUUUGCUAAAUAAAAUUAGCGCUGCUAACUUUCUUCUUUGUAA